AUGAGAUUCAGACACGCAUUUUCAACAAAUUAUUGGAUUGAUUCAACUAUUUAUCAUCAAUCAAAUAAUACAGCAAUUGAUUGGGAUGCAUCAUAUGCUGAUACGACAUCAUUAAAUUAUGCUACACUAUCUACAAAAUAUUGUGAUUUAAUAAUGAGAACUUUACAAAAAGCUGCCCUUACAGCGAAUAAACAAAAAUCAUGUACUAAAGUGGUAUUUACACCAAGACAAAUAUUAAUUAUCUGGGAAAAACGACAAGCUACAACUAAUACAUCAUCGAAUGUAGUUGGUGGGAACGCUACAAUACAAAUGAAUACAACAUCAGCUGAUGUAGUUAAUACAACUGACUUUUCUAAUGCAUUUAUUACUACAUAUAAUACAAGCACACAAUCCAAUGAUACAAUACAAUUGUUUGAUUUACAAGCUGGACGUAAGUAG